AGUUUAGUUUUUUAUAUUUCUUUCUAUUAAUGAUUCGGAGACGUUUUUUAUUUUACUAAUUAAAAACGUGUUACACUUUUGACGACAAAAAUUUAGGUCUUUACAUUGAAAAAAAAAAAAAACAUAUGUGAUCAAAAGACAAUUCUUUUAAUUGUACUGCAAAUUGUAAUUUAAUGUUUCUUUCUAUGUGUGUGCAGAUAUAUGUUCAUGUAUACAAUGCAUCCUUAUUUCGGUAUCAACGUGCGUAAAUGGCAGAUGGCGCCGCAAAUACCACCCGAUGUUCAAUCUUACCUAGCCCUAUCCAUUCCCGGCCGCGCCGCGCUGUCGGCCAACGAGGAUGCUCAGUAUAAAACUACCCCCGGAACUGGCGUUAUCGCAGCACGCGGCAGUAUGCGGGUACUUCUCGCGAUUCGGCCAGUUGCCGCUAGUAACUUUAUCAACAAAGUUUUCUGAAAGUGCGACUUCCAACAGCAAGAGCUAAAUUUUCACCAAAUUAAUUAAUUGCAAAUUGGCAAACAAAAUUUUUUAAUUUCGAUCCGCCGUGAUCAUUUUCACGUGUUGUAUGUGUGCGACGGUAAAGUUACAUUUCAGCGAUUGAUGACGCGAAACAAAGCACAUGGAAUUGUCUUCUAUAAAAAAUUAUAUUGCAAUCAAACGACAAUAGUUUCAUUUAAGAAAACGACUUGUUAUUUCGGCAAAAAAGAUAGACGAAAUAUUCGUAUAAAACUUUAAAUUUAAUUGUUUGGCGGUAAGCGGCUGAAUAUAUGAAACGUGAAGCAUGACAUUACUUAUUAAAAAUAGUUGCAAUUUCACGUCAUUUAAAUAUUCGAUUAAUGUGUUCAAUGUCUUUCAAUUUAAUUUAAUUAUCGUAUUUUUUUAAAUUUAGCAUAAAAUCGUGGAAUUUCUGUGGUUUGCUACCAUAUGGAACUGAAAAAGUAGACUAAAAAUAAAAAGAUAAGAAGAUUAUAAUAAUUAUUAGAUCAAGUAGAAUAAUAAUAUUUUAACAAAGCAAAAUGAUACUCUAUUUAAAUAUAAAAGCAUACUCGGCACAAUUCAGAUGUGCUUGCUGUAAUUAUUCCGUGAAAGCUACUAUUUGAAUGACGGAGAGAUCAACGGUAAUUCGUGUGAAUUUCAGUUUGCCAAGCUUAAGCGUGUAAAAAUGAACCAGUAUUAACAUGCUUACGUUAAAUUAUAUAUUUUAAAAUUAAUUAUUAAAUUUUUACAUUUUUUUUAUAUAUGUCGAAAUACGCUCGAUCAAAAUUCUUAGCGAAACGUAAAGUUAAUUUGAUCUGAUUAUUUGAUAAAAAAUUAGGAAGUGUCCAAUUUAGCGCGUUUUAAUAUGCAAACAAAUGAAUAAAUGAUUAGAGAGUUGUAAUUUUAUUUGCAGUUUUAACGUAAACAAAAAAUCAAACUCAGAAAGUGAAGCAUUAUGUUAGCAUUCCUCACGGAAAAAUGCGAUUAAUUUUUGUAAUUUAUAUCUUGAAAUUUCAUUGAUUCUUAAAGUUUCUCAGAAUUCAAACAAAAACUUGUGAAAUAUGAUGCCAUGAAAAAAGAACGAGUGAUGAAUCGACCAUGAAUACUCGACCAUGAACGAGCAAAUCGUCGACCAUGGAUACUCGACGUUCGACGUGAGAAUGAAUUUCGCGAGAAGAAAGGACCUCAGCGUCCUCAGUAUAAACAAAGGUUGCACAAUUCUAAUCGAAAUAAAACUAAAGUCUUAUUAAGACUUCCACGUUAAAUUAACGUUUGUCAUAAUAUAUCAGAAGCAGUUUUUCUGUUUCUACCUUAAAUAGAUCGGCUUUAAUAAUAUCGCCGCUACUAACGCUGAUCGAAGAGAUUGUACAUCGAUUCGUAAAGUUGAUCACCUCGCUAAAAAUGGAAUCAGGAAUCGCGAAUGCAAGCAAUGCGCUCACCAACUGCAGCAAGCAAUUUCCUACGCUUGCAUCUGGAUUCGAGGCCUGUGAGAGAUUCGAAUAUAGCUAUGAUCGCGAAUUGGUAGAAAAGAUCGUGAUGGUGGUGGUGCCAUUGUUCUUUGGUAUGAUCGGCAUCCUCGGUCUAGCCGGGAAUUCACUCGUGGUCGUGGUGGUAGCGGCGAAUGCCGGAAUGAGGUCGACCACGAAUAUCCUCAUUAUCAACCUCGCUGUGGCAGAUCUGCUGUUCGUCAUAUUUUGUAUACCCUUCACGGCCACCGAUUUCGUACUACCGUACUGGCCUUUUGGCAACGUCUGGUGCAAGAUUGUUCAAUAUCUGAUCAUUGUUACUGCUUACGCGAGCGUUUACACUCUGGUCCUAAUGAGCCUCGACAGGUACUUGGCGGUGGUCCAUCCGAUCGCGUCAAUGUCCUGGAGAACGGAGCAUCAUGCGAUAUUGGCGAUCUGUGUCGCGUGGGUGUUAAUCCUGGCGCUAUCGACGCCCGCACUCGUGAUUCACGGCGAAGAGAUAGAGGAUGUCACGUUAACAAAAAACCUGACGGCCUGUCGGAUCAUAGCGCAGUACGACUGGACCACCUUCCAGGUGUCCUUUUUUCUGACGAGCUAUGUUUUGCCUCUGGUGCUGAUAUGUAUUUUUUACAUGUGCAUGCUGGUCAGGCUAUGGCGCGGCACGCGCGUUAGUGCCGAGAGCCGACGCGGAAGAAAACGAGUCACGAGACUCGUCUUCGUCGUUGUCGGUGUGUUUGCCGCCUGUUGGUGUCCUUUGCAGGUGAUACUGGUGAUCAAAUCCUUGGACAUAUAUCCGCUCACAACGGCUACGAUAAUGGUGCAGAUAGCCAGUCAUAUCCUCGCCUAUAUGAACAGCUGCGUUAACCCCUUCCUGUACGCUUUUCUAAGCGAUAACUUUCGCAAAGCCUUUUGGAAGCUCAUUUAUUGCAGGCCGCGAGCGGAGCCGAACAAUCGGCUGGAACCAGCGACGAGGACCACGAGAGCUGCUAGUAGCGGCGAUAUUCUUUAGACAUAAAUUCAUCGAUGUCGAUGCGGGUUGGUACAUCUUAGCUCGCUCCUGUUUAAAACGGCAAGUGUGUCUACGGUUCGUAGGAUAUUCGAUGUUUGAUGUUGGCGAGUUUUUAGUGAAAGCGUCAGACGCAUAUUCUCUCAAUUCUUUAAUCCUCCGCCAAAUGUAUACAUUAAACUUUUAUAUUCUCUUUGUUUCUUCAUUGAUGGAGUAAAUAUCCGUUAGCAGGUGUUUAAGAAUAAUUGUUCAGAAAAUACAAUCAGAUGCAUAAUGAUGUCCGGUGAAUCCGUUUUCACGAGAAUAUUUAAUUUUGGAGCCAAACGCGCAGCGGACAUAUGUUAUCUAAUUGUGAAAACUAAGCUGCUAUAUUAAAUCAUGAAAUAUUAAUAUAUAAAUAACUUCAUUACAGAGUUAUUUAAACGUUUUCACUUUUUUAUUAUUCAGAGAAUAGCAAUAUCGAUCUCUUUGCGUUUUAAUCAAUUUCUAUGGAAAUAUGCGUAAAAAGUCAUUUCCUUUUGUAUUCUUCCAAUAUUCUUUGCCUUAAAAUGCAUAAAGCAUUGAUUGUAUGUACAUUGAGAAGUUAUAAAAAUGUAACCAUAAAAAAAUGGUGAAAUAAAGAUAGUGAAUCAGGCUUUUUUCUUUUAAAUUUAUUAUCUCUAUUUCUGGUUCAUGUGAUCAGCUUUCAGAGGUCAUUAAUUUUUGCAUUUUAAGUUAUUUUUUUGUCAUAAAUCUUGACAUAAAAGUUAACGUAAUAAAAAUAAAUAUAAUUUUGCUUUUUACGUACGCGCUUGCUCCAGAAUUAAUAACACAUAAUGCACCGACUCUUUUUAUUCUUUUCAAGCAGAAAUUAAUUAGAUAUUAUUAAUUAUGUAAACGGGAAAGAAUGCUUCUAUACUGCAGAAAAAUUUAAUUGCUGAAUAUAUAUAUGAGCACCUGAGAGAUGUACUAUAUUAAGUCACAUUUUUUCAAAAAUUGAGUUAUUGUUAUCACAAGACUUUAUACUUCAAUUUUUACUUCAAUGGCAAAUGUUUUCAAUGAAAAUGAUGAGAUGUUGACUGUGUAAAGUUAAGUCACAAUGUGAUAACACAGUCACCAGGUAAACAUAAUUAAGUCACAUUAAAAUCAUAUUCCAUAAUCAUACAACUUUCUUUUCUAAAACAUAUCAAAAUUUGAUAUUAUAUCUACGAAUACAAAAAGUCUGCACAACAUUAUAAGUAUUUUACUGAAAGUAUAUAUAAAAAAUGUUAAAUCUCUUUAGAUCUUUCUUCCAAAAAGUUAUGUUCAUGUUACUUAACAUAGUAUAUCUCUGAGGUGUUGAUAUAUAUAUAUAUACAUAUAUGCAGCUGAAUGCGUUGUACAUAUAUCCGAAUAGACAGCUUGUCGAAAUGCGGUUAAUUAUUCCGGACACACAAGAAAAACUUUACGUAUAUGUAUUUUCGAUUAUUUUAAUCAUUAAGACUCCCCAAGUAGCACAGGACGCCUUUAUGUCGUCAUUAUGUCGUCAUGGACGUCAUUAUGUCGUCACUAUGCUAUUUGAGUUUCCUCUUUCACAAGUUCGAUUUGAAUUCGCGGAAUGUUUCUUCCAAUUUCGCGAGAACGAUAUUAUGAGAUGUUUAAAUGUGAAACAAUUACAAGAUGUUUAAAUGUACAUGCGGGCUCAUUUCCCGUCGCUCGCCUAUCCAAGGCUGUUAAUUCGAGAAAGAUGUUAAAGGAAUCGUUAGGAAAUCACUCCCCCGAGCAUUGUAAAGUGUAUCAAUAAAGACAUUGAAA